UUUUUUGUUUUGAAUCAAAAUGUGGAGUAGAGGGUGGUGUGUAGGGUCAUUGUUGAGGCAAAGGGUAUGUGCUACUUUGAAUAUUGUAAGCAGCCAUGGCUAUGGUGGAAAGGCUCAUCAACCUUUUGAUCACACUCCAUUGUUCAGUUUGAAAGGUUUUGCUGAUGAUGGAAGAAAGAGGAAUAAUAAUGGAGAAGGAGGAAGAGGUGUUGGUGUUAGUUCUAUAUCUGUUUUUCUGAACCGAAUGAAUAAUAAGAGGGGUGUGUGUUCAUCAACUUGGGUUUCAUCUCCUUUUAACAAUGGGGGCAUUAAUAAUUCAAAUUCUCCAUCUUCUUCUUAUGGGAAAAUAGAAGGGGCAAAUAGUUUAUCAUACGCUGAGGCGAAGAAGUUAAUGAGGCUAGUGAAUGUGGAGAAUCUAAAGCUGAAGCUUGGAAGUGAUGGGAAGGAAGUUAUUCCGUACAAUGAACUUAUUGAAGCAUGUGAAAGCAUGGGAGUUGUAAGGAAUAAAGAAGAGGCAAUGGCGUUUGCUAAGGUUCUUGAUGAAGCUGGUGUUAUUCUUCUCUUUAGGAACAAGGUCUAUCUGCACCCUGAUAAGGUGGUUGAUCUGGUUAUAAGUGCAGUUCCACUAGCACUAACUUCUGAGAAUGAUCCUAGAAGGGAAGAACUAAAGAGGCUCCAAGAGAAGAAAGAAGAGCUCGAUGUCUUGGCGCACAAGCAAGUCCGGCGCAUCCUCUGGGGCGGCCUAGGAUUCGGCAUAGCCACCGUCUCCCUCUUCUUCCGGCUAACAUUCUGGGAAUUCUCGUGGGACGUCAUGGAGCCGAUCGCAUUCUUCACCACGUCGACCGGCCUAAUCAUCGGCUAUGCCUACUUCCUAUUCACCUCAAGGGACCCUACUUACCAAGACUUCAUGAAGAGGCUAUUCCUUUCAAGGCAGAGGAAGCUUCAUAAGAGGCACAAUUUUGAUAUUGACAAGUAUAAUGAUCUUAGGUGCAAAUGCAAAACACCUUUAGAUGCAAAAACCACACUCAAGAAUCGCUUAGGCGUCGAUCUAGAUCUGGAGGAGGCUUAAUUAAACAUAGUGAUUAUUAAUUAAACCGUAUACUUUACACUUUACACAUCUCAUUUUUUGUUCUUAAUGUUAUUAUAAAUUUAACGUUAUUCUCCCCAGUUUUCAAAGUUGGAGGGGGAAAAAA